GGAAAGGCCGCGGCCGGCGUCUCUGCCUGGGCAGCUGCUAAUCUGCGGGAGACGUCGCUGCCUGGGCCCGCCGGGCUCUGGGGCUGGCUGUGGAGCCCGGGGGUGGCGGGAGUAGGGCGGCGGCUGUCACUGCCGGGCUGAGGCCCAGGCGUGCGGGGGGCAGCAGUGCCCCCCCCCGGCGGGAGGGUGAGCCGCGUUAUCACUGCCGCCUCUCCCCGCGCCCUCAGGGCUCCGGCGUCCCCUCUCAUAAGCCCUGCUGCUUCACCACCCCCCCCCCCCGCAGACUCCCCGCAAAAAAAGAAAUUAGCGACCAGACUUCUCCGUCUUAGGGGUGAUAAUGUCAGAGGCGAAAGCAAUGCGACCUGCCGCCGCGUAAUUCCCGAGAGAUUAGAACCGAAGCAGCGCUGGCGAAGAACGGACAUGCUUGACACUUGUCUGCAGUUGCUUGUUUUGUGCUGCGUUGUUUACCCGAAAAGGAGAGACUUGAGAUGCUGUUAUUUUCAUCCUUGACUUCUUCUCGGGUUAUGAUAUAACUGUAAUAUUAAAGCAAAAACUGCGUAAGAGCACCUGGGAACUGAGCAUGGUAGGAUCUUGAACAGAAGUAGCUGGUAUCGACGAAAAGAGGAAGGAAAGGAAUGGCAUCUCGAGAGAGGCUGUAUGAGCUUUGGAUGCUUUACUGCAGUAAGAAAGAUCCAGAUUACCUGAAGCUCUGGUUGGAUAGUUUUGUUUCUAGCUAUGAACAGUUUCUGGAUGUGGACUUUGAGAAGCUGCCAACUAGGGUGGAUGACAUUCCUCCAGGGAUAUCACUGCUUCCAGAUAACAUUCUUCAGGUCCUCAGGCUCCAGCUGCUACAGUGUGUCCAGAAAAUGUCAGAUGGACUAGAAGAGCAGCAGCAGGCUCUGUCACUUUUACUUGUGAAAUUCUUUAUCAUCCUUUGCAGAAAUUUGGCUAAUGUGGAGGAGAUUGGGAUGUGUUCAUACAUUAACCAUGUUAUCACCAUGACUACGUUAUACAUUCAACAGUUAAAAACCAAAACAAAAGAAAAAGAAGUGGCAGAUCAGACCCCCAUAGAAGAAUUUGUGAGACAUGCAUUGGCUUUUUGUGAAAGUCUCUACGAUCCAUAUCGAAACUGGAGGCAGCGAAUUGCAGGACGUUUCCUUAGUACAGUUGAAAAGAGCAGACAGAAGUAUAAACCAGCUUCCCUCACUGUUGAGUUUGUCCCUUUCUUUUACCAAUGCUUUCAAGAAAGUGAACAUCUCAAGGAAAGCCUAAAAUGUUGCCUGCUACAUCUCUUUGGAGCUAUUGUGGCUGGUGGUCAGAGGAAUGCUCUUCAAGCAGUAUCUCCUGCCACCAUGGAAGUCUUGAUGCGUGUUUUAGCAGACUGUGACAACUGGGAUGACAGGAACCCUGAGGAAGUGAGCAGGAAGGCAGAGCUGACUCUGAAGUGCCUGACAGAAGUUGUCCAUAUCCUUCUAACCAGCAGUUCUGACCAGCGGCAAGUGGAGACGAGUACAAUAUUGGAGAACUAUUUCAAGUUGCUUAAUUCAGACCAUUCAGCUUUACCUAAUCCAAGGCGAUGCAGACAGUGGGAGAGCAGGUUCAUAGCACUACAGAUCCAAAUGCUGAAUACCAUCACAGCCAUGUUAGACUGCACAGAUAGGCCUGUUCUGCAGGCAAUUUUCCUUAACAGUAACUGCUUUGAGCAUCUCAUUCGACUGUUGCAGAACUGCAAGCUGUUUUUAAAUGCUAACAAUAAAGUGGCAGACAAGAGUGAGAAAGACCUUGCCAACAAAUUACUGACAGAAAUGAAUGAGGACCAGGUGUUUCAGGGACACCUAGACUGCUUGGCAGUAUCAACCAUUCAAGCCCUCACAGCAGUAAUGCACAAGUCUCCAGCUGCUAAGGAAGUCUUCAAGGAGAGGAUUGGUUAUGCACACAUAUAUGAGGUACUAAAAUCGCUGGGUCAACCCUCACGGGAAUUGCUGGAAGAACUCAUGAAUAUGGCUGUUGAAGGUGACCACAUGGCUGUUGGGAUACUAGGCAUUAGUAAUGUCCAGCCCUUACUGCUGCUUAUCCAGUGGCUUCCAGAACUAGAAUCACAUGACCUGCAGAUUUUCAUCUCAAAUUGGUUGAGGCGAAUCUGUUGUAUUAACAGACAGAGUCGUGCCACUUGUGUCAAUGCGAACAUGGUUAUCCGUAUCAUUGAGACACUAAAUUCCCAUUCCGCGCUCCAUUGUACUUGUGCAGAGAACCUGAUUGCCCUUCUGGGCUCUUUGGGGAGCCAGUCAAUGGGCUCAGAAGAACUGCUUCAACUAAUACGGCUCCUGAGGACUAAUGAACCAAAACGAGCUCACCCUUACGUUGUUCCAGUGAUGCGAGCCAUUCUAGCAAUGGCCCGGAAGCAGGGCAUGGCUAGUGCCUUGCAGUAUUUCAACUUGUACCACAGCAUGGCCGGAAUUGCUGUUCCAUCAAUUCAUAAGUGGCCAGGUUCUGCAUUUUCUUUCAACGCUUGGCUCUGCCUUGACCAGGACCGGGUGGACCCUAGCACGACUAGCAAAAGUGGCAAGAGGAAGCAACUCUAUAGCUUUUUUACAGGAAGUGGUAUGGGUUUUGAAGCAUUUAUUACAUACUCUGGGGUAUUGGUGGUUGCAGUUUGCACGAAGAGGGAAUAUGCAACAGUCAUGCUGCCUGACCAUUGUUUUUUUGACUCUCUCUGGCACAACGUAACUAUUGUUCACAUGCCUGGAAAGAGGCCCUUUGGUCAGAGCCUUGUGUACAUCUACGUUAAUGGACAGCAGAAGGUCUCUGCCCCACUUCGAUUCCCUGCCAUGAAUGAAUCUUUUACUUCUUGCUGCAUUGGUUCAGCUGGUCAAAGAACAACAACUCCUCCUCCAUCUCAGAUACCAGAUCCACCUUUUUCCUCCCCUAUUAUGCCCCAUCGGACAUCACUUGGGGGCAUUCUCUCUACAGGGAGCUGGGGUGGGAUGCUUGGAAAACCAGAGCUCAUCACCAAGAUGAUCUCAGCAGGGACUCAGGACAGUGAAUGGGGAUGUCCGACAUCUUUGGAGGGCCAACUUGGAUCAGUUAUCAUCUUUCAUGAAGCACUGCAACCUCCUCAGGUGAAAGCAUUAUAUUUAGCAGGUCCAAAUUGUUUAACUCCAUGGAAGUCUCAAGAGGCUGAAGUAGCAGAUCUCCCCAGCAAGGUACUGCUUCAUUAUACACCAAAGGCCUGCAGAAACCCAAUUUGUCUUGACCUGUCUGCAAAUCUUUUACAUGGAAGACUAACUGGAAACAAAGUAGUGAACUGGGACAUCAAGGAUAUGAUCAACUGUAUUGGUGGAGUAAAUGUGCUGUUUCCAUUGCUGGAGCAGAUCAGUUUUCUUGGUGGACAGAUGCCUGAGAAGUCUGAAGGGGAAACUCUACCUCCAGAACUAGUUACUCCUGUAGAGGAAGACUGGGUGGUAUUGUCAUCCACAAAGGCAUCAGAAGCGCGCCUGGAGAAGAACAUUGUUGCAACUUUUAUCUUGAUGAUAAAACACUUCAUUCAGAGACACCAUGUGAAUCAAGAAAAUCUCAUUCACUCCCAUGGAGUUGCCACACUAGGAGCCUUGUUACAGAAGGUGCCAAGCAACUUAAUGGAUGUGAAUGUACUGAUGGCUGUACAGUUGUUGAUAGAACAAGUCUCAGUAGAAAAGAACAUGCAGCUUUUGCAACAGAUGUAUCAACACUUACUUUUUGACUUCAGUAUCUGGAACAGUGGGGACUUCCCCUUCAGAAUUGGGCAUAUACAAUAUCUUUCUACAAUCAUCAAAGACAGCAGAAGACUCUUCAGAAAGAAGUAUGGUGUGCAGUUUCUUCUAGACACACUCAGGAUUUAUUAUGGGAGUGGCUGUAAAGACAGUGAUUUGGCUCUUGAUGACCUGAGAACAAUACAGACAUCCCUCUAUGGACUAAUCAAAUAUUUCCUGGGCAAAGGUGGAACACAUGAAGAAAUACAGAGCAUCGUAGGAUACAUAGCUGCCACCAGUGAAGAGGAGCAGCUCUGUGGAAUCCUGGAUGUUCUCUUCAGCCUACUUCAUUCCAGCCCAACCCCAGACCAGCUUUUUUUAUUGCUUUUUGAACCAGGGAAUGCUGAUAUUCUUUAUGCUCUGUUACUGCAUCAAAGAUACUCUGACAGGCUUAGAGAACUUGUAUUCAAGAUUGUAGAAGAGAUGCUGAAAUGUACUAAAGUUUAUGAACGUAGUAAGCACCGUAUGAGACUCAGAGAAGUGGGAUACUCUGGACUGGGGCUCCUUCUGAAUGAAUCACCAGUUGCUGUUUCUCUUAUUAAAAACCUUCUUAACCAAGUUCUGUAUGCAGAUCCUGCUGUGAAUUAUAAAGAUCUCAUAGCUGUAGUGCAUCUGGCUCAUAGAUCAGAUAUAAACGUGAGAGUGGUUAUCUGUAGAAAGGUUUUGCACCUUUUGCAUUCCCAAUUGGAUGCAGCACAACAGAUUUCUCAGCAGCUGGGUUGGCAGGACACUUUGAUUAGACUAUUCCUGAAAGAAAACUCAGAGGUCCGGAUUGGCUUUAAAGAGAACAGAGCUGAUUCCUCAAGGGAAGAGGAAAAAAAGUGUCCUGCUGAAGAGCUUCAGAAACAUCAAACUGAUAAGACAGAGGGAGAUAAAACUGUCAGCUUUGCAUCUGUUAAUGGUCUGUUCGAUCGGUGGAGUUUAGAAGACAACAAAUCCCUGGAUGUCCCUGCCCAUUUCUCUGUUAUGCCGCUGGAAGAUGCAUCCACAGCAGAGAUGUCUUUUAGGUCAGAGGACCGAGAAGAAUUGUGGCACAGUAAUCCUUCACAUUUGAGUUUAGAUCUCUCCAGUGUUGACUCUUAUGAAUUGGCUGACAUUGUGAAUCAGAUGACAGAUAGCCAGCCCAGCACACCGUCACCUAUAGAGAACAUAAAACCAUUCUCUGGGCAGCCUGACAAAGAGCUGGGUGUUAUAAAUGAUGUGGGCUUCACCGCUGAUCUUUCUUUAUUGGAAAACCAAGGAGGGGGUGAUAAUGAACUCAUACAGUUACUUACAGACAUCUUACUGUGUAUAAUGUGGAAAGGCAUUGAAAAAUCUGAUGAUGAUGCUUGGAUUGAGAGAGGACAGGUGUUUUCUGCACUGACCAAACUGGGGAUAUCUAAUGAGUUGCUGCGACCUUCUGAUGAAAUAAAACUCAACUUGCUGGAGAAGAUGUUAGAAUGGUCAGUUACUGAUAACAGAGAUUCAAAAGCUCUCCCUACACAUGCUGAAAAUGCCUUCAAGCUCUUGCUAAUUGUACAAGAUUUCCUGCAGGCAGAAGGACUAGUUAAUUCAAAUUUAUGGACAGAAAAGCUCUUGGAAGAGCUAGUGACUCUGAUGGAUAGCCUGUCAGUCUGGUACUCUGCUGGCCUAGAAGCAAUCAGGCUUUCACAGGUGCAAGUCCAGUUGCUCCUUGGAUUCAUUGCACAAGAUAACUUACAGGUCUGUGCUAUGGCAGCAGCCAAACUAAACACCCUCCUUCAGACCAAAGUAAUUGAGAGCCAGCCUGAAGCAUGCUACCUCUUGGGGAAGCUGGAAGGCAUCUUGAGUAAAUCAAUUGAAGAGAAGACAGAAACUUACUCAUUUUUGAUUCCCCUUGUUCGGACAUUGGUAUCCAAGAUUUAUGAACUUCUCUUCAUGAACCUGCAUCUCCCUUCAUUGCCUCCCACCAAUGGCAGCCCAUCUUUCUUUGAGGACUUUCAAGAAUACUGCAGCUCUGAUGAGUGGCAAAUUUAUAUUGACAAAUAUAUUAUUCCAAAUAUGAAGCAAUAUGAAGAGAAUUCAUUCAGACAUGAUCAUGAGCAGAUGGCACUUUAUUGGAAAGAUUGUUAUGAAGCAUUUAUGGUGAACAUGCAUAGGCGAGACCGGGAGAGAGGAGAAAGUAAGCUUAAAUUUCAGGAGCAUUUUGUGGAACCAUUCAGCAGAAAGGCUCGGCAAGAAAAUCUGCGGUACAACAGUAUGCUAAAGCAACUUAAUAGUCAACACACAGCUACCCUGAGACAGUGGAAAGCAGCCCAGCUUUACUUGCUCUCUGAACGUGGUCCUUGGUCUGAAAUGAAACAGCAUCCUAUUCACUGGAAACUUUCAAAUGUGGAAAAUUUUUCACGUAUGAGACUAAAACUAGUGCAGAAUUACAACUUCAACUCUCAUCAGGAUGCUAGUGACCUGAGAGAUAAUUUAGGUGUGCACCAGAUGCAGCCCUCUAGUGAGUCUCUGCUUCUGGAGGUGGUGAAGCAGGUGAAAGUGAGUGACUUGGAAGAUGAUGUUCUAGAACUACCAGAAGAAGACACAGCAGCCAGUUCCAAUUUGGAUGAGAAGGAUGAGCAAAGUCAGAAAGAAAAGCUAAUAUUGUCUGAAGACUGUGAACUUAUUACAGUAAUUGAUGUGAUACCUGGCAGGCUGGAGAUCACUACCCAGCACAUCUAUUUCUUUGAUGGUAGCAUUGAAAAAGAGGAAGGGGUAGGUUUUGAUUUCAAAUGGCACCUUUCUCAAAUUCGAGAGAUACAUUUGCGUCGGUACAACCUGAGGAGGUCAGCUUUGGAGAUCUUCCUUACAGAUCAAACCAACUAUUUCCUCAACUUCAAUAAGGAGGUACGAAACAAAGUAUAUAGUCGAAUAUUGUCACUGCGUUCUCCAAAUAUUUCUGGGACCAGAUCUCCGCAGGAACUUUUUAAAGCUUCAGGUUUGAUGCAGAAAUGGGUGAACAGAGAAAUAUCCAACUUUGACUACCUUAUUCAGCUGAACACGAUGGCAGGACGAACUUACAAUGACCUUGCGCAAUAUCCUGUGUUCCCCUGGAUUUUACGAGAUUAUACUUCAGAAGAACUGGACCUGAAUAAUCCUGCAGUCUUUAGGGAUCUGUCCAAACCCAUAGGGGUAGUAAAUGAAAAGAAUGCUAAGGCUGUGAAAGAAAAAUAUGAGAAUUUCGAGGAUCCCCUUGGGAUAAUUGACAAAUUUCACUACGGGACACAUUACUCAAAUGCUGCUGGUGUCAUGCAUUACCUCAUUCGGGUAGAACCUUUCACAACACUUCAUAUCCAACUUCAAAGUGGCAGAUUCGACUGUGCUGACAGGCAGUUCCACUCUAUUCCUGCUACCUGGCAGGCACUCAUGGACAACCCCAAUGAUGUCAAGGAACUUAUCCCAGAGUUCUUCUACUUCCCAGAGUUCCUGGAGAAUCAAAAUGGUUUUAACUUAGGUCAGCUUCAAAUAUCCAAAGAGGUGGUAAAUGAUGUUGUUCUCCCCAAAUGGGCCCACUCCCCCGAAGACUUCAUUUAUAAACACAGGAGGGCUCUGGAAUCCGAGUAUGUUUCUGCUCAUCUUCAUGAAUGGAUAGAUUUGAUUUUUGGCUACAAGCAGAGGGGACCAGCUGCAGUGGAGGCGCUCAAUGUGUUCUAUUAUUGUACUUAUGAAGGGGCUGUGGAUUUGGAUGCUUUAACAGAUGAGAAAGAAAGGAAAGCUUUAGAAGGGAUGAUAAACAAUUUUGGACAAACUCCCUGUCAACUGUUAAAGGAGCCCCAUCCACAAAGGCUGUCAGCAGAAGAGGUAGUGCAAAGACUAACUAAAAGUGAUACCUCUACUCUGAAUCUCUUCCAACACCUCACUGAACUGAAGUCAUUCUUCAUAGAGGGAAUCAGUGACGGUGUGCCCAUCGUGAAAGCUGUUGUCCCCAGGAAUCAGUCACGUUCCUUUAUUUCUCAGGGAAGCCCAGAGAUCUUGGUAACGGCAAGUCUGAACUGCAUUAUUGGAACUCAUGGUUGGCUACCUUAUGAUAAAAAUAUCUCCAACUAUUUUACAUUCAUCAGAGAUACCACAGUGACAAAUCCCAAAACACAACGCAACAUGAGUGGUCCUUUUGCACCAGGGCUGGAGAUCACCUCUAAGUUGUUUGCAGUAUCCCAUGAUGCAAAACUGCUCUUUAGUGGAGGACACUGGGACAAUAGCAUCAGAGUGACAUCUCUUACAAAAGGCAAGCUGAUUGGACAGCACAUCAGGCACAUGGAUAUUGUGACCUGCUUGGCAAUAGACUACUGUGGAAUUCAUUUGAUUUCAGGCUCCAGAGAUACUACCUGUAUGAUAUGGCAAAUAGUUCAGCAGGGAGGAGUGCCUGUAGGCCUGGCACCUAAGCCGUUACAGAUCCUUUAUGGGCAUACUGAUGAAGUUUUGAGUGUUGGCAUCAGCACUGAACUGGAUAUGGCAGUGUCAGGAUCCAAGGAUGGGACCAUUAUUGUCCGCACUAUUCGGAAAGGUCAGUACGUGAGGACUUUGCGACCACCUUGUGAGAGUUCCCUCCUCCUGACUGUUCCAAAUUUGGCUGUGUCCUGGGAAGGCCACAUAGUUGUCCACACCAGCAUAGAAGGAAAGACUACUCUUAAGGAUAAGAAUGCAUUACAUCUCUAUUCUGUCAAUGGAAAAUACCUGUGUUCUGAGACUCUGAAGGAGGAAGUGUCAGAUAUAUGUGUGACUGGCGAGUAUAUCGUGAUGGGCAGCUUACAGGGAUUUCUUUCCAUACGGGAUCUUUACAGCCUGAGUCUGAGCAUCUCUCCCUUAGCCAUGCGACUGCCAAUUCAUUGCAUUUCUGUCACCAAAGAGUAUAGCCACAUCCUUGUUGGCUUGGAGGAUGGCAAGUUGAUUAUCGUUGGUGUUGGCAAGCCAGCAGAGGUAAAACCUACCAUCAAGAACUUUUUCUACCGAACAGUGGGAAGUUCACUUAUUUCUGCUUUCCAGUUGAGCAAGAGGUCUCCUCUAUGGCAGGAUGCGCUCAGGUCAGCUUUCCCGAAAGCUGUGGGGAUCAAGCAAACGGCUCAGCCAGAUUUCAUCAGGAGAGACUGAAUAUAACACUCAAGAUUCCAAGUGAUUGCUGCUUCUACCUUCUCUCGUGGAUUCCAGAAACAUGUUUAAUCUUUUGGUCACUUUAAAUGUAUAUCUCAACUUUCAGGGACUUGAUUCUUAAGUCUGUUGAAGAUGAACCUAUGGCAGAGGUAUAGUAACAAGCAUAUGUACUCAUGCAAGUUAGCUUGCUUGCAUAUUUUUCCUUAACUGUGUUGACUUCGUCACAGCAGAAUCCCUCUCUAAAUAGCUGCUAAAACUGUCUUUCAGAAAAAAAGGAAAGAAAAAAAAAUCAACACCAAAAAACCCCCCAAACCUCCAAACCCAAGCUCGCUAAUUGAAUUUAAGAUAAGUAGUAUUCGAUUUAAAGCUGAAUAGGGCCAGAUGCUCCUUGAUUACAAAGAAGAUAUUUGGCUUUGAUUUGACAGCAUUGUAAUUCCCCAACAGUAAAUUAAAAUUCUGGCAGUUGCAGCGGUCAGAUUAAAAAUUGGGAUAGCUGACAGUUAUGACCUUUUCAAUAUGUUUUUUAGCCCAAUGAACAAUUUAUUGCAAUUUGUUCCUGUAAAUGGCUAUUGCUAUCUUCUUUUGUGUAGUUCCAGUUUUAGGGUGUUCUGCAAGGAACAUCUGUGUUGCACUACUUGAUUAUCAGAAAUUGUUUAAAGUACAGACAUGAAUAACUUCAAUGGAGCUGAAGGAGGUAGGAAAUACUUGCUGCUGAAAAUUAUUUAUAUUGUUAGGUAGAUUAAGACUCACGCCAAGAAAUCCCAUAAUAUAUUUAAUAUCUUGAAGAAAUACAGAGGAAGAAUCAGUAUCUAUAUUGGUCAAAGAUCAAUCUGCUUCAUUAGUAAGGCAACUCCUAUGAAAAAAAGAUAAAUUUCCACUGCAAAAUCAUUUAAACAACAUUGCAGCACAGUUUAAUUAAAUAGCACCUGUUUGUUUCCUGGCUUGGUGUUCACCAAACCAGUUGUUAGCCAUAUGUGUUUCUUCUGUAAAAACAAGCAGGGAAACAGAUAAUGUAUCCAUUUUCAAGAUGUCUUUAAGACCUGGGAAAAGAAAAUAUCAGAUCCUUACAUGCACUAUAUCCAACAAAAUAGUUAUGGAUUGUAUGCUAUAUUUUGGAGAAGCCAUUACUGAAUUUUUUUUGGUUUAGUGAUAUGUGAUGAUAGAAGGGUGUGUUUUUAUAAUGUUAAUGAUUUAAAUGAUAAACCCCACCCUGUUAGAAAAGCUUGGUGCUGAGGGAAAAGUAUGAGUUUUUGGACUGGCGUGCAAAGAUAUGUGUGCAUGUGUAUAUAUGUGUGUAUGUUUGUGUAUAUAUAUGUAUAUACAUGUAUGUAUGUCUAUUAAAGGAGAAAAUACCGUGGGGAAAGGGGAGUAUAGAUAUAAGGCAGAGCUAUAAGUGAUUGUUAGCUAGUAUGUUCCCUUUUGGCUACCCCUUUCUUCCCUCUACCAUCACUUUUCUUGUUAUUUUUAUUUAUUUAUGGAAAUGAAUGUGUGUUGUAUCUCCUAUAACUGUUAUCAGAUAUUUCCUGUGGCUGGGGAGCUGUUGAACUACCUGAGGAACUCCAUAGUGUAUAAACUCAUUUCAUUAAUUUUUAGCACAAUAUUUAUUAACUUGGUAGAAAUAGCAAUACCUCCUUAGCCCACAAAAGGAUAAUCUUUACAAGUUCUGUUAGUCUCAUCAAAACUGUUUUCUCCUCCUCAAUUUCUUUACUGGAAAAAAAAAAUCCCUCUCAAUGACUGAUUAGUGUGCUGUGUAAAGAAAGCUGCGUUGCUUUUUCUUAACUUUUGUAAAUGAAAUAAUAAAUCAGACUAGUGAACAACUGGGUCUAUGCAUAGUUGCAAUAUUCUAACUAAUCACUGUGACAGACUGGAUUGUCUGGAAAGUUAGGAGAAAAUAAGAAUUAUUUCCCUGAGUAAUUUGCCAAGAGAGCAUUAAAUUUCCGAAAGUAGAGCGGUGUGUUUUUUUUCAGACUCCAUGUAUGCAAAAAAACCACAUCCCAUAUUUUCAAAUAAGCUAUAGAGAAGUGAAAAAUACUAUUUUUAAUCAAUUACCUAUCCAGUAAGAAUACUAAGGAUACUCUGGAAGUAUGAAGUGUGUAUAUGAGAAUGUGAAGUAUGUUUGUCCAUUAUGAUUUCAUGAAGAAGGGAUUUCAGGGGAGCUCCUUCGAGAGUAGUUCUGAAGAAUUUCAGCUCAGAAUGUGAGAUUUUUUUGUGUUAUGGGAAGUUGAAAAAAGAACUCAUUUGGGGCAUUGAGUUGAUGGUUUUUUUAUAAGUAUGCAUAUAUGCUCUGUUUAAAUGCAUAUAUGAAGUUAAGUGUUUACUUGCAGGGGAAGAGGGCAGGAAGUUACAAUGUUUCGGGCUAGCAGAAUCAAGUGGAAAAAUUGAGAUGGGUCUUUUGUAGUGUUUGGUGAGAGCAUAGUUUUCUUUCUGUCCUUGCAUGGAGCGAUUUACGUAAGGGUUUGAAAACGUCCUACUGUGGGUUAGGUGUGUUUCUACAACAAUUGAAUUAAUGUUUUUAGUAGUUUAAUAUUAAAGAAUACUGAAUACACUGUGUCAGUUUAAGUAAAAUAUAAUGUAGUUGCAAUAAUUGGGGGUGAAAGUUUAUGGCAAUGAGCUUUGACAUUUGAAUGCCAUCAUUUCAGUGCAUCACAAGCAUUAGAUGAUCUUCACAAAUAUCUGGGACAGGUUUAAAUGUGGACAGUUCUUGGUUCUCAAACUUGAGGCUAGUUUGUGCUCAGCACAAAGCAGCAGCAGAAUGAUGAGGGGGACAGGUGAGCUCUGAGCUGCUUCAUGCUCUAUGCAGAAUGGCAACAUCUGUUGCCUUUUGAUCUUUUAUCUGGUCCUUGAGGAUGGGAGGUAUACACCAUCACAUACCUAGUGUUCUUGCCAGAGGCCUUCUGGAAAGACCCCCAUAGGUUUGAAGGUCUGAACUUUGCCUUUAUUUAAAACCAGCUUUAGAUAAAAGAUAAAGGUGGUAAGUGUGAGUAUUAGCUGGUAUUUUGUGUCUUUUGGUUUUAACUUAAGUCUUUUUAAAGUAGAAAAUAAUUUUUCUGAUCAGCUGUUCAGGUUGGUUGAAUUGCAGUCUGUUAUGCAGCGCACUGAAUUAGUGAAAUGACUUUCAUAAUUCUUUGAUUUCCUCAAGUCAAUAAAGCUGAGGAUCAUAUUUUGUUUUUCAUGUAGAACAAUACAUAUUGGUGAAGUAAGAUUCUCCUUUGGUUUUGAACUAAGAUUUAUUUAAGUGUAAAAAGAAAAGCUGUGAGAUAAUUCUGAUUAGGAAUUCAGAAUAAACAAGUCUUAAGCGACAGUUGUUUCACAACACUAAAUUUGUCAAGACCUUCUUGGUGGUAUCUUCUUACAUUUAAUUUUUGGAAUAACCCUAAUGAUAUUUAUCGCAGUUUAAGAUACGCUUACCUUUGAAGCCGAGUAAGUAAGUAGGAGCGUAAAUAUAUAUAUCUAAAAGAAACUGAAAACUGACUCUCUUUUCAUACCUGUAUAUAAAUGAGAUCAAGUAGUUAGCUGUAUUGAGUAACUUCUCCGUAGCACAGUUUUGAACUUGCAUACCAAAGGAUAUGAUAUUUAGACUCCUUUAUUUCAAGUAAAAUGUUUGUUAAAUUUCUCUUUAUCAAUUUACUUAUAAUUCUUGAUAGUAUUUUUAGUUGUCUUUUUAUCUAUAGUGAAGAAUCUCAUCUAGUCUGUGCAGUUUUUGUACUAUAUGAGCAUUCAGAAAGUGAAAUGUUUGCUGUUCAAGUUAGCAUCUGACUUAUGCGAACUAUUCUAUAUCAAUAUACUUGUUAUCUAAUACUCAUUCAUAGGAUACCUAGAAACCACGUCUGCUGUCAUCCAUGUACCUUACCAACACCAGCACAAAAGAUUAAUCCCAAUCUUAAACUAACUGCACUUCUCCUUAUGGUUAAUACACAUUGUGGAAAUUAGGCUUUAGGAAGCCUCCUUGAUUUAAAAAGAAAAAAGAAAAAAAACCAACAGUAAUGUCCACACACACACGUUACAAUUUUUUUGCUCAUCUGCAACACUGAUAUAAACAAGUUUUUCCCCCCCUGGUAUACCUUAGAUCAUGAAUAUUAUCACAAAACAGGUUUAUCAAAGCCUUUACAGGCUUUAAAUAGUCUAGUCAAUUGGCUGCUUUAUAAGGAUCCUCUUCAAAGUUCUGUGUCCUAUUUCUGUGUCCUUUAAAUGAAGUGCGAAUAACUAAGUUUCUGCACUGUAAAAAUUCUGUAUGGGACCGGUAGCAGUCUUACAUCAGUCUGCUUUAAGAUAGUCCUGCAGGAAUGAUAAAUUUAUUUUUAUUUCUAAUGCACAAUAAUUAGGUAGGUCUUUUAACUCUUGCCUUAGUCAAUGGAAGCUGUAUACCUCACUUCCCUAGACCAUGGCUCCCUCCUCCCUGUUUUCCUCUGCAAGUCUUUCCCAAUCUUAAUUAACAAAAUCAUUAGAAAAUACACAUACAGCAACCAAAUGUUUCACAAAGCUUUUACCAUGUAUGUGCGUUUAGUUGAAAAUGUGUAUCUAUAUACAGAUCAUGGUAUGGUAGGGAGCUUUAGAACUAGGGAGGGGAGUAGAGGAGCUGUCAGCCUCCUUCCACUCCUACACUCACAGUCUGUAGACUCUUGCUCUGUAUUGUCACCUGAAGGCACUCCUCUCUUCCACUGUUAAAGGCAUCUUGCUGGCUAGAUUAGAUGCUGAGGCUAGGUGCUAUGAAUAUUUUUUUUCCUUUCAAAGAAUUAAAAAACCAAAAACAAACAAAAAACCUACCCCAAACAAACAAAAAAACCUCAAACACAUAUAAAUGCACAUCCUGAUGUGAACCUAAGGCCUGAUGUAAUAAAUACUGUUAGAUGAAAGCACUGCAUAGUGUUAUAUUUAAUUGGGUGGAAAUUCAAGCAUGUGCUUCAGUGCUUUGUAGAAUGGGCUUUUCAUGCUUUUUGGUUUAAAAGCUAUGUUGGUUUCAGCUGUAAACAUGACACCUGUUAGUAGACUCCUUUUGGGGAGAGUAAUAGUUUUUGUGCAGUCAUAUGCAUGUGUGUUCAUUGUAUACCAAUGUUAGACUCAACUGAAUUGUUUGGAAGAUGUCCUUCCUUCCAUCCCAAGGAGCCAAAUUUUCCUUAUUAAUACUAAUUGCCCUUGUUAGCACAUACUUUUAAAGGAGGCAAAGAUUUUCUGAAAAGGUACUGCAGGUUUUUUUUUUUAAAAAAAAAAAAAAAGGUAAAAUACUAUUGUCCCUUUCUUCACUAUUAUAGUUAUCAGAUGCCUGGAUGCAGAAAUGCCUCUGAGUGGCAGCAUAGCAUGCUCUGCACAGUUUGAGUCAAGUGCUAUUCAUCUUACUGCAGUCUUGAACACCCCAUAUGUGAGGAACUGCUUGUAGUGUUUAAUCAAAGGUACCCUUUGUUCCGUUUCUGUUCACAUUUUGCUGUGCAUCUGUGGAGGAAAAUGGGUUGUCUUUCUUUUAGUUACCAUUUACCCAAACAGCCCAGAUAAAAUUGGUGUUUUACUUCUUUUCUUCAGGAGAGAGUUCUUCCAGUUGUGUGUUCUUUCUAUUUUCAGCUAUUGGACUUGGGAAAUCUGGCAAGUGUUUCCAGAGCUUAGGUCUGUGAUUAUACUUGGCACAGACACAAUUUCAUAACAUGCCUUCUGUCCCAGAAGCAUGAUUGUCAGUAUAGCUUAUGGUUUAAAGCUGCUAAGGUGUUUUCAGAUUGAAAUAUAAAACAUCCAGCCAUAUAUAUAUCAUAGAUCUAACUGAACUUAGAGGCCACUUGUUUAUUUAGCUUCCUAUCUAGUUAGUAUUUUCCUUUCGAGGGAGCCAUAUUUUUUUGCCUUGAAGUAACUUUUUAAAAUAAACUUAGUCUUGCACCUGACAGUACUGCUUUAGUCAUACAUAGCUGUGAGCUGUUGCUUAAAGAAAGCCACGAGGGAAAAAAAAAAAAAUCGAGGAAGACUUGCAAUACAUGUUUUGAUUCAACCCUUCACUAUGCAGGAGCAGCUUAAUAUAAGAUCAGAGAAAUGCUGCUUUUAAGACUUACCUCCCUUUGGUCAGUGUUUUGAUGGAAGCUGUGAUGCUACUCAGUUUGCUUGAUGCAUUUUUACUGAAGCUAAUGAGGGAGUGGUAACAAAGGCCUUACAGCAACAGUUAACCAUAUUUUCUGAUAAUUCUUACAGAUUGUGCAAUUAUGUGAUUACAAAUGGAUUUCUAAAUGCCAAAAAAUGCCUUUUCUUAAAAGAGUUAAAUGUUAGGUCUAAGGAGUGUUGGAAAUACCUACUUUCAAAAAUGAGCCUUCAGGCACUGUAAUGAACUUGCUGUUAGUCUUCUGUGCAAUAUCUUCUUCCCUUCUGGGUGCUUUAAGAGUAUACUGUAUGUCUUAUUUUGUUUUGAUCAGUAUGUUUUAAGAGUGUGUAUAUCGGCUAAUGAUGGAUUUUUUUUCUGUACAGCAUGGUAGAAGAUGUUUUAAAAUUUUGCACUUUUCUAGGAUUUGCAAGUUUGUAACCUGACAAUUUUUAACAUGCACACUUUUGUACAUAACUAGCAUUGUAUAUAUUUAACAUGAGUCUGAAGCAAAUAAAAGUAAUUGAAUGCAUAAA